AUGGUCAUGAUAACUUGUCCAUGUGGUAGACUACGCAAGGAAAAACGUUGCAAUGCGAAUAGGGCAGCUUCCAGCAAAGGGCAAACCCAGCGGCAGGAAUCUCCACCACCACCAGUGGCACAGCUCAAAUGUGACGACGAAUGUGCGCGUCUUGAGCGGAAUAGAACCCUCGCCUCAGCUCUCAAGGUUGACAUUGACCCAUCGACCACACUCAACCAGCACUCGGUCGCGGCGACUGGCACAGUGGCACUUCUGCCUUAUGCCGAAGAAACUCUCGACAUUUACGUUCAACUCUCCUCUACCUCCCCGCUAUCAACCCUUCAAGAUUACGAGGCAACCUUGCACAGUCUCGCAACGAGCAACGCACAGCGCUCUGUCCGGUUCCAGCCCGCCAAAGCACCUCUUCGGGCGUUUGUACACGCUCUCGCCUCCGACUGGGGCUUUGCAUCUGAGAGUUUUGACCCGGAACCACACCGCCACGUCUUCGUCCUGAAGCCCACGCAAUGGAAUUCUCCCGGGGUCGGUCUCGGAUCCGGUAUUGGCAUCCGAGGCAUGACCGUUGGGGAGUGCGUCCGAAUCCGCGACCGCGAGCUCUACAAAGAGCGCGAAGCACGACGCCUCGCCGCCGCAGAAGCCAAGGCCCUCCGCGAAGCCUCAAAGGCUUCAACUACCACAGAUGCCGACGGCAGUGGCGGAUGGGCGCAGGUAGCAUCUCGCAGGAAACAGCUACCGGACGGAACAAGCAGCGGCACCAGUACUCCGCUCUUCAACGUGACGCGAACGAGUACUCCUACUCUAGCUCAGAUGAAAAACAGUGGGGGGUCCAUGUAUACUGCUUUGAGUACGGAUUUUUCCGCAUCGCAGAAGAAGAAAAAGGAUGGUCUUUUAGUUCUUCGUUCGGGAGUCGGUGCGUCAAAGUCAAAAAAGGCCGGCCCUGAGGAUCUUGCGGAUAGUUGGGAAGAGCAGGUAGAGAAGGAAGAGCACGAAAUUGAUAGGGCUAGUACUGCUGCUACUGAGGUAUAA